CCCUUCAGUGCGGGGCCACAAGAGGUGGACGAUUUUCGGGGCUAACUGCGCCUCUAACGGCAGCCUCUCUCCGGGCCGCCCCCGGGUCGGGAGGGCCGGCCUCGCGGGGGGCGGGAGGGGCGGCCGGAGACGUUGGCGCCCUGGCGCUCCCCAGACCAUCCCUGCAUCCUCGUCCUGGUCCUUCAGCCGGACCAACGCGGGCAGAAAGCGUCGCGGGAGCCGGGCGCCCCAGUGGAUAAAUGGCAAGCAAAAAGAGAGAAAUCCAGUUAGAGGCAGUCGUCAACAGUCAAAGCCUCUGGGAUGAGAUGUUGCAGAACAAAGGCCUAACAGUGAUUGAUGUUUACCAAGCCUGGUGUGGACCUUGCAAAGCAAUGCAAACUUUAUUCAGAAAACUGAAAAAUGAGCUAAACGAGGAUGAAAUUCUGCAUUUUGUUGUAGCAGAAGCUGACAGCGUUGUGACUUUGCAGCCAUUUAGAGAUAAAUGUGAACCUGUUUUUCUCUUUAGUGUUAAUGGCAAAAUUAUUUCAAAGAUUAAGGGUGCCAAUGCACCGCUUGUUAAUCAAAAAAUCAUCAACUUGAUCAAUGAGGAGAGGAAAAUUGCAGCAGGUGAAAUGGCUCGCCCUCAGUAUCAUGAAAUUUUGUUUGUGGACUCAGACACAGAAGAGGCUGGGGAAGCACCCUACGAAAGCGCCAAGCAAAUAUGCAGCAUUGCUAUUAUCAAACCCGAUGCUGUGAUUACUAGAAAAGAUAGAGAAAUUAAAGAAAAAAUUAUCAAGGCAGGAUUUGUCAUAGAAGCAGAGGAUAAGAGAGUGCUCACGGAGGAACAAGUAAGGGACUUCUACAGUCGAAUAGCAGAUGAGCCUGAAUUUGAAGAUUUUGUCCGUUUUAUGACAAGCGGCCUAAGCUAUAUUCUAGUUAUAGCUCCAGGAAAUGAACGACAGCCUCCCUGGGAAGAAACUGAAGCUAAUCCUGAGACUGAACCCAAAGAACCAUCUGAAGAUCAAGAGGAGACAGCCACGGCGAUGAAGACAAAAUGGGAGAGCUUACAAGAAUGUCUGGAAAGACAACAUAUAUCUCACUUUUGUGAUGUUGAAGAUAAUACAACGGAUGUUAAUAAGUUUAUUGAUAUCUUCUUCCCUAAUUUUAAAAAUAUGAAAAGCAUAAAAUUAGAAAGGAUAAUGGCAUUACUUCGACCAGAUCUCUUUCAACAAAGGAAAGAGGAUGUUUUGGAUAUUAUUCAAGAUGAAGGCUUUAAAAUACUUAUGCAAAGACAAAUAGUAUUAUCGGAAGUAGAAGCACAAACACUGUGCAAGAAAUAUGAAAAUGAAGUUUAUUUUGGAAGUCUUAUAGAAAACAUGACCAGUGGUCCAUCUCUAGCCCUUGUUUUAUUAAGAGACAAUGGUUUACAACACUGGAAAGAGUUAAUUGGACCAAGCACUGUUGAAGAAGCCAAAAAAAAUCUUCCAGAGAGUUUAUGUGCACAAUUUGCAAUGGGAAGUUUGCCUAUCAACCAGUUAUAUGGAAGCGAUUCCUUAGAAGCCGCUGAAAAGGAAAUACUGCAUUUCUUUCCUCCUCAAAACACUUUAGCAGUGAUUAAACCUCAUGUAACACAUCAAGAAAGAGAGGAGAUCUUGAGUCUCAUUAAAGAGGCUGGAUUUGAUAUAACACAGGUCAAGGAAAUGCUGCUAACUGAAGAACGAGCGGAGAAAAUUUAUUUCAAAAUAAAAGGAAAAGACUUUUAUAAAGAUGUAUUGGCAGUGUUAUCUGAGGGUCCGUCUAUGGUCAUGGUUCUGACCCAGUGGAAUGCUGUUUCAGAAUGGAGACGAUUGAUGGGUCCCACAGACCCAGAGGAAGCAAAACUACUGUCCCCAGACUCUAUCCGAGCCCAAUUUGGAAGAAGUAUUUUGAAAAAUGCUGUCCAUGGAUCAUCGAACACCUACGAGGCAAUGGAGACCAUUAAUAGAUUGUUUGAAGAGUUUGUCUCUGAGAAUCCUGAGGAAAACUAAAGUGCAGUACCUCUUUAAUUAUUAUUUUCUUUUCUUUGCUUGUUAUGGGGACUGGGCCUAGGACAAGGCUGUCCUGGAAAGGCCAGAGCUUUUCCCAUAUUCCUGAAUCAAACUUUAUUCCCUGCCAGACACGCUAUGCUAUUCCCUAGCAGCCUUGAAGCCUCAAAGCCGAGCCUUGUAGAUGUCAGGGACCUGGGAGACCGUGGGGCAAGCAAGAAACCCUUGGCCUUGAGCUGUUUGUGCAUCUGCCAUGACACAGUCUCAUACAGUCCUUCUCUUUGACUUCCCCCUGCUUCUCUACUCUAAAUGGUCAAAGUCUCAUUCAGCAACCUCAACUCUGUUCUCUAAGUAUUUAGAAACUUGGAAUCUCCUAACCACCUGGGGGUGCUAUAUGAUAACAUAAUAUAAUAGAAUAUUAGAAAUCAUAGAGUAAACGGCAAUCAUUUCUAUUCUUUGGCAAAGAGGUUCUUAUUGGCGAGAGGUAGCUACAUAAUGUGUGUGUGGGUUGAAUCUGCUUAGGUGUUGAUAGAAAACUUGAAAACUUUUCUAUCCUGGGCAGUGUGGGAGACGGGGUGUAAGAUAGGUGACUUUUCCCAUCAAACCCACUUUCCUUCUUUAUUUUCAAAGAGCAGGCCCACAAAUGUACACCUGUAUGGCUCUGGCUGCUGACCUCAAGGUGACUGUACAGCCUCUUCACAUGUGGAGGGUUGUCCCCACCUGGAUGGGCCAAAAUGAGACUCAGUCUCUGGAGCAUAAUGAGAAAGUGAUGUGAAGUGGAAAAACCUCUCCACCCCCAGCCAGGUUCCUCAGGGAGAGAAGAGUACAUUGUUCAUUUAGUAUUGUCAUUUAGGCAAUGGUUUCUCCAAGUAUAAGAACAUUGUUUCAAAAUAUUAGAUGCAUAAAAUAAAAGUAAAUUCUGGCAUAGUACAGCUCAUUCCAUG